AUGCCUUUCGGUGAUCAUGUCAAUACCAGCCCACUCUCAGAAGAUCCUCAACGCCAUGUUCAGGCCGGCCCUGCGGUAACACAAUUCAUGUCUGGGCGUUCGACAGAGGCCAUCAAUCUUGGUACCAUUUUUCAAUUACUUCAGGAAACGUCAAGAACUCAAGAACUUGCCAUGAAGACGCUGCAGGAUAGGCUAGGUACUCAAGAGACUGCCUUGAAAAUACUGCAAGAAAGCGUGGCAAGUCUGACACGGGCAAACGAUUCACUCCAAACAUCGCGAGAAAGGGCCAAUGAUCCAGGAAACAAGUCGCAAUGGAGAUGCCUCGAACUAUACACCAUCGAUCUCCUUGCCUUUGAGAAGCUCAAUCAACAAGAGACUUUAGAGAGCCUGGUUUCUAAGCUAGGCCUCUCUGAAGACUCUAUUCCUCAACUGGGUGAUUAUGUGGUCUGGAUCCAAGUAUACGCCCCGCACGAAACGCACAGGUCGCAAAUGAGUAAGAUCUCCCGCGAACAUCAAGAUCACAUCAUGAGUUGGAAGACUACCACCGGACUGCCAAUUUCCAAAACUUCGUACCGGAAUGGUAAACUUUUAUGGCACUUUAACACUAUAAGUGCGGCCGCCUCUGCGUGUGGCGUGUAUCUGAGUUUGAGUGGUCUGAUUGGGCGUGCAAUGCAACCGCGCUGCUUGAACUGUGGUGGGAACCACGGGACCAAUUGGGAUCAGUGUGAAGAUAGCGAUGUGGAAAAACAUCGCAUGGAAUGGAAAAAGUGGGAGAAAGGUGCGUGGUGGGCCCAACAUUUGGACCUUCCGGAGGUCCCGCGCUUCCCAGAAAGAAAGCCAAAACUACCAAAAAAGUCGGGAAAGAAGACUCAACAAACAAGCCCAGAAGAAGGUUAUAUGCACACAUGGCCCAGUCAGCCUGGUAUACAGUUGAAUCCAGAUGGGGCAAAUGGUGGAGUAAUACAAGGGAACACAGACUCUGGUAGACCAAUGACACCUAUCGAGGUAAAUGAUGAUGGAAACCUUGUUCCAUCGCCAAGCGACACACCAAAGGCACCCAGUGGAACAGACGCUGAGGAAUGGCAUACUUUGAUGAAGAAGAAAACGGAAGAAGCCAAGAAACAAGCCGAGAAACGAGCCGAGAAACAAGUCAAGAAACAAGUCAAGAAAAAAGUCGAGAAACCAGCCGAAUUGAAACCGGGCACCAAACGGCCACGGGGACGGCCGAGGAAAAAUGAUGCGCAGGCCAGUCCAACGUCACCUCAGGGCUCGCCUUCCAAACGGCCGCGCAGACAGUGCACCAUACCCCGAUCGCAAUCCCAAGGACCCGAGACCACUGAUCCGUACGACACCGAUCGCAGCUACGAGGACCUGUUUCGCGAAAUCAGCGCCUCGGCUCCUGUACAAAGCACGGACAGCAUCUCUCAAAGCAGUAGAGCCAACACUCCUUGGUCUGAGCGCAUACCCGAAAAUGCCACCCGCAAGUCUGACAGAAGUCACUGCUGCAUCGCAAUCUCAGUCACCACCCGACGCGAAAGUCGACAAGGAUAA